UGACCCGAAGACAGUUUCCAGAGAGCACUCCAUCGGGCGAUACAAUGGCCUUAAAGCGGAUCCACAAAGAGUUGGCAGAACUUCAAAGAGAUCCGCCGCCGGGCUGUACGGCCGCACCCAAUGGCACCGACUAUUUCCAGUGGUCGGGCACUAUCGAGGGUCCGCCGGACACUCCCUAUUCGGGCGGUGUGUUCAACGUUGUAAUUGUAUUUCCGGCCGAUUACCCGUUCAAAGCGCCGCUCAUUUACUUCACCACAAGAAUAUUUCACCCAAACAUCAGCCAAUCGGGUACUAUAUGUUUGGACACAUUGACCUACAACUGGAGCGCCUCA